GUCAUAUUUACAAAAUGUCGUCGUGUCAAUCCUGUGAUCUUCUGAUCAAUAAUAAUGACUAUUUACAAUGUACGGCAUGCAGUGGGCUUUACCAUUUGUCUUGCCUAGACUUAACUUUGGAGCAAGCUUUAAACGUGAGACAAGCGUGGUUAUGUUCGUUUUGUUCAUCGGUCAACACGCGGAGACGGAGAAAUGACAACACCCCCGUUCAGCGUGCUGCUUUUGACGACUCUGUCAUGUCGUUGGAUGAUUCACACGCUGCAGACAGGCCCCCCCUCGUAGUUAGAACAGACAAUAGCAAUUUGUUAGUGACGCCGCCGAAUUCCUAUCAUGAAAUAAGAAAUAUAUCUGGAAAUAGCAGUUCACUUUUAACAUCUGGUCCUGAAGCGUUAUUACACGAUAUUUUGACGAAAGUGUCGGCGUUACAGACUCAAUUCUCGGCGAUCCAAGCAAUACAAUCGGAUUUGUCCCAAGUUAAGAAUGAUAUUGCCGAGAUGAGGAGCAGUAUCGACUCCAAAUUGACUGACUUAGCCGGCAGAAUGAGCACGAUUGAGUCUCGGGUCACCGCACUGGAAGAGUGCAAAGCAGAAUUAGACGACGUAAAAAAGGCAAUCGGCGAUGUUAUAAACGACUCCCGAAGAAAUGAACAGUGGGUUAGGCGAUCUAACAUACAAAUCAAUGGCGUGCCGGAAACAAAGGGAGAAAACUUGUUCACCAUUCUGAAAUCGUUAGCGGACCUUAGUGGAUACUCGCUGAAUACGAAUACCGACGUAGACUUUGUUACGCGUGUUGCUGUGAGGAACGACUCGGACGGCGCCAUACCGAAACCCAUUAUUGUUAAGAUGCAAGCGCGCUAUAAAAAAGACGACUUCAUGGCGUCACUUCGUAAAUUACGAAAUUUAAAAGCUUCCGACUUAGGAUACAGUACCAGCCUUAAUCGAAUUUACGUGAAUGACCAUCUCUCGACUUACAAUAAAUAUCUACUCAAAGAGGCGAAACAACGAGCCAAACAGAAAAAAUAUCAAUUUUGCUGGGUUCGCAAUUGCACAGUCAUGGUUCGUCGCGAUGAAAAGUCCCCGGUUUUGUAUAUUGGGUCGGAAGAGGCUUUAAACAAAAUUUCAUAGGCGUUACAACUUUAGCUUUGCAUUUGUGUAUCGAAAACCUUUACCUCUAUA